UUCCUAAUAAGUGAAUCAGCUCCUAGUGGGGCUCUACCCUUCAGUCCCAGGAAGUGCUUCGAGGGGAAAAGCAGGGCUUUUUUUCUCAUGGCAGCUUCUUACCGAAUUAUGCUUUACUUUCUUAAUAAAUGGUUCUGACGCAGCAUACGCUGCUCUGUAACAGGAAAAUAUUCUGCAAGUAUAUUCUUACAGAGAAAAGUUCAAGGAAGAGUGAAGCUAGCUCUGAUUCGGUUAUUUACCAUCAAUCAGAUUCUUGCUUGGCAGGGAGUGGAUGAUUAUGAGCCUGAACAAGCCGAAAAGGGGCAGGAAGAGAAGUGGAGGCAGCAUUCUUCCUAUUUAAAGCUGCAUCCCCUGAAAAGAGCGCUUGCAGACUGCACUGGAGCUGGUGCUGAAAAAAAGGGCUCUCAGACUUUGUCUCAGGACUGAUGCUGAAAGACGGAGAGAUUCCCCAGCUGGCUUCAUGGUGCUAAAAUAACCUUCAGUUUCUGCACAUUUUGCUGCCCGGGAGGAUACAUGUCUAAUAGCUAGGCAUGAUGGCAACCAGGGCAGAAACAAGAACUUUUUUCAUCCUUGCUGCUUUGUUAGGGCUACUUGUAGCCGUAAAAGCACAAGAAGAGGAAGAUUAUGAUGCCGGAGAAGAUGUUGAAGAGGUUGCCUGCACACAGAAUGGCCAGAUGUACCUGAACAGGGAUAUUUGGAAGCCCUCACCAUGCCAGAUUUGUGUCUGUGACAAUGGAGCUAUUCUUUGCGAUGAAAUCCAAUGUCAAGACGUGUUGGAGUGUGAGAACCCUCAGGUGCCCCCAGGAGAGUGCUGUCCAGUGUGUCCCCAUACCACACGUGAUUUUGAUCCUACCAUUGGUAGAGGAAGAAAGGGGCAAAAAGGAGAACCUGGAAUAGUUCCACCUGUUUCAGGAAUACGGGGACGCCCUGGUCCUGCAGGACCUCCUGGUUCACAAGGACCACGAGGAGAACGAGGACCUAAGGGAAGACCGGGUCCUCGUGGUCCUCAAGGGAUCGAUGGAGAGCCUGGUAUCCCUGGCCAGCCUGGUGACCCUGGUCCUCCAGGGCAUCCUACCCACACAGGACCAGAUGGACUAAGCAGGCCAUUUGCGGCUCAGAUGGCAGGACUGGAUGAAAAAUCUGGACUUGGUAGUCAGAUGGGAUUGAUGCCUGGUGCAGUGGGUCCAGUUGGUCCAAGAGGUCCUCAAGGUCUCCAAGGAAAACAAGGUGGUGCUGGCCCCACAGGCCCUCCUGGUGAACCUGGAGAUCCAGGACCUAUGGGUCCAGUUGGUUCUCGUGGACCAGAAGGGCCUCCAGGCAAACCUGGUGAAGAUGGUGAACCCGGUAGACCAGGACAGUCUGGUGAGCCUGGAUUUCCCGGAUCUCCAGGGCCUCGAGGCUUUCCUGGUGCUCCAGGUCUUCCAGGUCUCAAGGGUCACAGGGGGUUGAAAGGUCUUGAUGGUCCAAAAGGUGAAAUUGGAGCUGCUGGAGCAAAGGGAGAAUCUGGACCAACAGGUGCCAUGGGUGCAACAGGUCCUCUAGGACCUAGAGGAAUGCCAGGAGAAAGAGGUCGAAUUGGACCACAGGGUGCCCCUGGUGGACGUGGUCAGCAUGGCAUGCCCGGGAAGCCAGGGCCAAUGGGUCCCCUUGGCAUAACUGGUUCUCCAGGUUUUCCAGGUGCUCCUGGUAUGAAGGGAGAAGCAGGUCCAACAGGUCCUCGUGGUCCUGAAGGCCCCCAAGGACAAAGAGGUGAAACAGGUCCCCAAGGCCCAGCUGGAUCGCAAGGUCUUCCUGGUACGGAAGGGACAGAUGGCUCUCAAGGUGCCAAGGGCCCAACUGGAUCUCCAGGCACUGGGGGCCCCCCUGGCUUAUUAGGUCCACCUGGUUCCCCAGGACCCCAAGGCAGUACAGGCCCACCUGGUAUUCGAGGGCAGCCGGGAGACCCUGGUGUUCCAGGUUUCAAGGGAGAAGCAGGACCCAAAGGUGAACCAGGCCCACAAGGUGCCCAGGGUCCCAUUGGCCCCAUGGGUGAAGAAGGGAAAAGAGGCCCUCGAGGUGAUCCAGGGUCUGUCGGUCCACCAGGUCCUGUUGGAGAGAGGGGUGCUCCUGGGAACCGUGGUUUUCCAGGUUCUGAUGGCUUGCCUGGACCAAAGGGUGCCCAAGGAGAGCGUGGUCCAGCAGGUUCUUCUGGUCCUAAGGGAGGUCAGGGAGAUCCUGGGCGUCCUGGUGAGCCUGGACUCCCAGGUGCAAGGGGUUUAACUGGAAACCCAGGCGUUCAAGGCCCUGAAGGAAAACUUGGCCCCUUGGGUGGCCCUGGAGAAGAUGGACGUCCUGGUCCUGCGGGUUCCAUAGGAAUCAGAGGUCAGCCAGGCAGCAUGGGCAUUUCUGGGCCAAAGGGUAGUAGUGGUGAUCCUGGUAAACCCGGAGAAGCAGGAAAUGCAGGUGUUCCAGGACAAAGAGGAGCUCCUGGCAAAGAUGGUGAAGUUGGUCCUUCUGGUCCUGUUGGCCCAUCAGGUCUGGCAGGAGAAAGAGGAGAACAAGGCCCUCCAGGUCCUACAGGGUUUCAGGGCUUACCUGGGCCACCAGGUCCUCCAGGUGAAGGGGGAAAGCCAGGUGAUCAGGGUGUUCCUGGAGAUCCUGGAGUGGUUGGUCCUUUGGGCCCCAGGGGAGAACGUGGCAAUCCAGGGGAACGGGGAGAGCCAGGUGCGUCAGGACUUGCAGGUGAAAAGGGUAUGGCUGGAGGUCAUGGUCCUGAUGGUCCAAAGGGAAGUCCAGGCCCUAGUGGGACACCUGGUGAUCCAGGCCCGCCAGGUCUUCAGGGUAUGCCUGGAGAAAGAGGGAUUGCUGGAACUCCUGGUCCAAAGGGUGACAGAGGUGGUAUAGGUGAGAAAGGUGCUGAAGGUACUGCUGGAAAUGAUGGGGCAAGAGGUCUUCCUGGUCCAAUAGGCCCAAUGGGUCCAGCAGGGUCCACUGGAGAAAAGGGUGAACCAGGUCCUCGAGGUCUAGUCGGUCCUCCCGGUUCUCGUGGAAACCCUGGUUCUCGAGGAGAAAAUGGCCCAACUGGUGCUGUUGGUUUUGCUGGUCCUCCGGGCCCUGAUGGUCAGCCAGGUGUGAAAGGUGAACCUGGGGAACCUGGACAGAAAGGAGAUGCUGGAUCUCCAGGACCGCAGGGGCUUGCUGGAUCUCCUGGCCCACCAGGUCCUUCAGGUGUUCCUGGUUUGAAAGGUGGUCGAGGAACUCAGGGUCCCCCUGGUGCUACUGGAUUCCCAGGAUCUGCUGGAAGAGUUGGACCUCCUGGACCUACUGGAGCUCCAGGGCCUGCUGGGCCUAUUGGUGAGCCAGGAAAAGAAGGACCUCCGGGUCUUCGUGGCGAUCCCGGUUCUCAUGGUCGUGUGGGUGAUCGAGGACCAACUGGGCCCGCUGGUGGUCCUGGAGACAAGGGUGAUGCAGGGGAUGAUGGUCAGCCGGGUCCAGAUGGCCCCCCAGGUCCAGCAGGAACUACUGGUCAAAGAGGUAUUGUUGGUAUGCCAGGACAGCGAGGAGAAAGAGGCAUGCCAGGGCUGCCAGGUCCUGCAGGUACACCAGGAAAACAAGGUCCCACAGGGCCACCCGGUGAUAAAGGUCCCCCAGGACCUAUUGGCCAAUCAGGUGCCACUGGACCUGUAGGGGAAGCUGGUCCAGAAGGACCUGCUGGAAAUGAUGGUACUCCAGGACGAGAUGGAGCUGUUGGAGAGCGUGGUGAUCGUGGUGAACCUGGCCCUGCAGGCUUACCUGGUUCUCCAGGAGGUCCUGGAACUCCAGGUCCUGUCGGCCCUCCAGGAGAUGCAGGUCAAAGAGGUGAAACUGGUUCUCGAGGGCCAGUGGGUCCCCCAGGCCGUGCAGGAAAAAGAGGUUUGCCUGGUCCUCAGGGGCCUCGUGGUGACAAAGGUGACAAUGGAGAUCGAGGUGACAGGGGCCAGAAAGGACACAGAGGUUUCACUGGUCUUCAAGGUCUUCCUGGUCCUCCUGGCCCUAUUGGUGAACAGGGCAGUCCUGGCAUUCCAGGCCCGUUUGGUCCUCGGGGUCCUCCAGGUCCGGUUGGUCCUUCAGGCAAAGAUGGAAGCCCUGGACCACUAGGGCCAAUUGGGCCUCCUGGUGUUAGAGGAAGUGUAGGAGAAGCUGGACCUGAGGGUCCACCAGGUGAUCCUGGCCCUCCUGGUCCCCCAGGCCCUCCAGGACACCUCACUGCUGCCAUCGGGGACAUUAUGGGACACUAUGAUGACGCUAUGGCAGAUCCACUACCAGAGUUUACUGAAGAUGAAGCAGCUCCUGAUGACCACAAUAAAACAGACCCAGGAGUCCAUGCCACGCUGAAGUCACUGAGCAGCCAGAUUGAGACUAUGCGCAGCCCAGACGGUUCGAAGAAACAUCCAGCACGGACUUGCGAUGACUUGAAGCUGUGCCACCCGUCCAAGAAGAGCGGUGAAUAUUGGAUUGACCCUAAUCAGGGAUGCGUUGAAGAUGCUAUAAAAGUUUACUGCAACAUGGAAACAGGAGAGACCUGCAUUUCUGCAAAUCCAUCAACUAUCCCACGUAAAACAUGGUGGGCCAGCAGAUCAUCUGACUCGAAGCCCAUUUGGUACGGCCUUGAUAUGAACAGGGGAUCACAGUUUGUGUACGGGGAUACAGCUGUCACUCAGAUGACGUUCCUGCGUCUCCUGUCAAAGGAAGCUUCCCAAAAUAUCACUUACCUCUGUAAGAACAGCGUUGGGUACAUGGAUGACCAAACUAAGAACCUGAAGAAAGCUGUCGUUCUGAAAGGGGCCAAUGACCUGGAGAUCAAGGCGGAGGGAAACAGCCGAUUCAGAUACACUGUUCUUCAUGACAGCUGUUCUAAACGUAAUGGCAAUGUGGGCAAGACGGUCUUUGAGUACAGAACGCAGAACGUGGCACGCUUGCCUAUCGUAGAUAUCGCACCAGUGGAUGUUGGCAGCACUGACCAGGAAUUUGGAAUUGAAAUUGGGCCGGUUUGUUUUGUGUAAGAGGAAGGGUGGAAAUGAACACAGUACUCAGCCGCAACAGCAAUUAAACUCAUGAACUUAGACUGAUUGAAGUUAAUCCUGAGACUCUUGAAGUAAUGGCUGAUAUUGGAUCAGCACUGUAUAUACAGUUUCUAAAUGCCCGGCUUCCUUUUGAAUAUUUAUUUUACUUGCAAACCUUCCAUUUUAAAUGGUUGAGCCCUCUUUUUGUGCCACAGUACAGUUGUAAGAGAAACAAUGACCAUCUUUUAAAAAUAACAUUACUCCUUUUCAUUGCUUUUUUUUUUUUUUUCAGAUGACUUCAGAACUUGAGGUAUUCAAAAUAGGUAGUUUUUAUGUGGGACUAUGUAAACAUCUAGUGGUAAUUUCUUUUGCUUGGAUACAUACCGAAUAACAGGAAAGUGGAGCACUUUUGUGAACCGUUUGCUAUAUUUCAGGCAUAUCUACCCUCUCUACCCCAGUUUAUCUUCCUGUGUGUGCCAGCGUAAUAGCUAUUUGUGUCUCUUGCAGACAGAAAGCAAGCUCUCAGACAGGGUCAUCUGAAUCUGGCAUUGUCUUUCUUGCACUUUCUUAUAUUAAAGUCUGCUAAUAAGAGUAUUCUACAGCCAUGAUUAAUUUAUGAAGUAGAAGUACUACUGGGGUAAAUACAAGAUUUCAGAGUAAGUGUCCCAUUUCUUCAAUUUUGAGAACCGAUUUUACUUCUCACCAUGUAUCUAUGCAGUUCCAUUAAAUUAUUAUUGAUCUUCACAAUAUAUAUUAAACCCUACACUUGUUGAUUUUUUUUUUCUAAUAAUUGCCCAUUUAAUAAGCCAUUACGUAUCAAAGCUUCUUAUAUACGGUGCCAAUUUACGUACAUUGCCAAUAAUUCACAUGUUUACCAGGCCAAUGGCUAAUAAGGAAAUGUUAGAAAUCCCUGAUUUUUAGCUGGCAUCCUGACACGAGUUACCAAUAAUUUUGACUUGCUGGUCUUGAACUGUCAAGGCAAGAAAAUUCCAUCAUUUCUUAGCGUGAGCUACCUCAUCUCUGAAAGUUGGGAUGCAUUUAAUAUUCAUAUCGUUAUUUUAGGUAUUAAAAGGUGCUAUGCUUCUGUUAUUAUUUUGAGAAAGGUGACAGGCAGGGCAAAAACAAAACAAAAGCGAUGGUGCUAAAUGGCUCUGUAGAAGGCUGAUGAAAUAAAGAUGCUGUCUCAAUAUCAUUUUCAGAAUUUAGCUGUUAGGCUUACGGUGUUUGAGAGAACAAUGAUACAGUGCAUUUAUUUGUUGGUCAUACAGUGUAUAAAAUGUUUUGUACCACCAACAUGCUUUAUUUUGUAAAGUAUGUGGGUACAACAUUACUUAGUUCUUCAUUUCUUAAUUGCAUCUGUGCUCUCUGAGUUUUUUGUUUGUUUCUUUAAAAAAUAAAAAAUAAACAUCUGGGGCCAUCCCUAAAGAAAAUCAUGCACAUAGCUUUAUUCAUGUAUCUUUGCAAAGCAUUUAAUUAAAUACGUGCUUCUUGCUAUUUAA